AGGAAGAACAAGCGUGGCGUCUGUAUGGGCGCAAGCAUUUGAAGCUAACGAACCUAAAGUCUUUGCUGAGUAAUAAAUUUAAGCAAAUAUAUCAAUAGUGCAGCAGUAUUCAAAGUACAAAACUCAUCAAAAUGAAAGCAAUGGCUCGUACGCCACUCCGCGUUCCCAAGACGCCCCGCCAAAUGCAGGGUCAAAUGCAUACAGAGAAGAAACGGGACGUCUCUAAUAAACAGCAGGAUCCUGUAAAUGUGUUUUGCCGAGUGCGUCCACUGCAAUCCGAGGGCGAUUUGACCUGCCUGCGAGUCAAGAAUUCCACAACUAUCGCGAUUAACCCGCAGGAUCAACUGCUGCAGCAUCAUCAGAAGCAACAAAACGGCGCCCAGCGCGAGGUGCAGUACAUUUUCAAGCAUGUCUUUCAGCCAGAUGCCACUCAACAGGAGGUGUUCGCGGCCGUUGCUCAGCCGCUUGUCGAGAACCUGGUGCGCGGCAGGAAUAGUUUGCUCUUCACCUAUGGUGUAACGGGCAGUGGAAAGACCUACACAAUGACUGGAAACGCUCGGCAUCGUGGUAUAAUGCCUCGAUGCCUGGAUCUGCUGUUUCGCACCAUCUCUGACUAUCAGGCAAAAAAGUUUGUGUUCAAGCCGGAUCGGUUGAAUGGUUUUGAGAUACUCUCGGAAGAGGAUGCGCUGCUCGAGCGGCAGCAGGAGAUGAAUCAACGGUUUGCAGGUGCCGGGCGAUUUGCCUUUCGACGCAAGGACUCGGACCCGGAGAUCGCAUCACAGGCCUCGGUAGAGCCAUCGCCGCUGACCGUGCUCGAUGAGGACAACAUGUACUCAGUAUUCAUUACCUAUGUGGAGAUGUACAACAAUAGCGUAUACGAUCUGCUCGAGGAUUCCGGCGUGCAGAAAUCAUUGCAGUGCAAAAUCAUACGGGAGGAUGCGAAUCACCAGAUGUUCGUGCAUGGCGUUACCGAAGUGGAGGUCAAGACCGUGGAGGAUGCCCUCGAGGUCUUCCAUAUGGGCCAGAAGCGCAAGCGCAUGGGCAACACAAUCCUAAAUGCAGAGUCCAGUCGCAGUCACUCCGUAUUCAAUAUACGACUUGUCCAAGCGCCAACCGAUUGCCAGGGCGAGCGCGUGAUUCAGGAUAAGCAGACGAUCACAGUUAGCCAGCUGUCGCUUGUAGAUUUGGCUGGCAGUGAACGGUCCUCCCGCACCAAGAACACGGGCGUACGUCUCCGUGAAGCGGGCAACAUUAACAACUCGUUGAUGACGCUACGCACUUGUCUCGAGUAUCUGCGCGAGAAUCAACAGCUGCCCCCAAAUGUGCCCCCCAAAAAGGUACCAUAUCGCGACUCGAAGAUCACGCACAUGUUCAAGAACUACUUUGAUGGCGAAGGCCAGGUGUCCAUGAUCGUGUGCAUCAAUCCGCGCAUCGAGGACUACGAUGAGAACAUGCAAGUCAUGAAGUUUGCGGAGAUGACUCAAGAGGUGCAAAUAGCCCGCGCCACGCCCAUGAAGCCAGACUUGGGUCUUACGCCCGGUCGCCGCAAGGCCAACAAACUGUUCAAGAUUGCCGUUAACAAUCUGAACGAGCUGGGAAUACCCGAGGCCAAGCAGCUGGAGGUAGAUGUGGGUCUGGUUUACAGCUUGGGUGCCGACUUUCCACACUAUCAAAUGGAUAGUCCGGAGGCUGCGUGCAAGAUACAGGAGCUAAUGGAGUAUCUGGAGCAGCGGAUCGAUAAGCGACGCAAACUGCGCGCCAACAUGGAUGUCAAGUGUGACAACUUCCGUCAGAUGCUCAUGAAUCUCGAUCGUGACAAUUUGCAGUUGCGGACGGAGCUGGCCUCCAUGAAGGCCGUCUACAAGCAGGAACGCGAACGGAGCGCCGCCCUGGAGAACAAGGUGCGCAUACACGAGAGCUCCAUUGAUGUGCUGAACAAUACGCUGAGCAAACGGGACCGGCAAAUCCAGGAACUCAGCGAGAAGCUGAGCGAACAGGAGCAACUGCUCACGCAGAAGGAGCAGGAGAAAGAGAAACAGAAAAAGAAGUACAAUUCCAAGCUGGCCGUUGAAUCGGAUAAGAAUAAACGCGAAUUCGAUAUGAAGCUGCGUGAGCAACGCGCCAAAAUGCAGGAGCGCAUGCGCAUCAAGGACGAGAAGUUGCGCCUGGUGUCCAAUAUACUACAGUCCGAGGAUGUGCCCAGCUUGCCGCGUUCCCAGAGCUCAGAGAAUCUGCUGAACGACAAGGAUCGCGGUGGCUUCACCACGCGCACAGAAUCCACAGCAGCACCGACGACACGCACGGACCUCUACUGUACUCCGAGACAUGGCUUGGCAGCUGCCAACAACAGGCACCGCAGAUCCCGUUCCGCCGGCGAUAAAUGGCUAGAGCAUCGUGCCGCCAAUCCUGUGCCGCUAGGUACGAUUAUGCAGCCGUAUCUGAAGAAUCGCAAAUCAGUUACGAAGCUAACCGACAUGAAGGAGCUAACCGGCCAUGGAGCGAACAAAUAUUGCCUUGUCUCCCAGGAGGCGGACACGGAUGGCGAUGUGGAGACGAAACUGUACAAGGGCAACGUAAUACCCACUUGUGGCGGCGGUGCUCAAGUGGUGUUCGAUGACGUCGAGUGCCUCAAACAGAAGUCACCCGUCCAUUCGCCUACACGCAAACGGCCCAGCAACGGCAAUUUGUCGUCCUCGGCAUUUGGUGGCCCGUUGCCGACGAGCACCACUGGCCUGACAUCCAUGCAGGAUGUGGCCUCGCGCUGCAAUCUGGGCAUCGAAGGGCACAGCAGCAAGAAGUCCAAGAUGUGAACGAUAUACUCUUACAUACCCGUAUUACCAGAACAUUAUAUCAGAUGUUUUGCUUUCCAGUUGAUUAUGUAUUAUACUCAGUCUCGAUUUAUAAGUUGAAUCAUCAAUGAAGUGAUUUGUUUUAAGUUUACGAACACAAUUAAAGAAGUCAAUUAUAGACUUGGUAACUUUA